CGUUCGAGCACUGUUCUCGAGGAUCACCGCGAACAUAUUUUUGUGACAAGAAUGUUGUGUAAAAAUAUAUUGAAUUGUGAUUAUUUGACAGUUUGGUGAGAAGAGAGUUUGAUUUCAGUGGAGUAAUUAGAAGAAACAGAAUGCAACCGCAGCAGUUGUUGGUAAUUCUGGGAAUACUUUUGACGUCCUCGCAGGUAUGGUGUCAAUCUAUCGGCAAGGUUACAUUUCAGGAUAACAAUUCCGAAGAUCAAACAGAAAAACAAGAAACUCCGCAAGAAGCUCCGUCGCAACAAAGAGGAUUUAAUCCUAUUCAACAUGUAGAAAACCUAUUCGAUUAUAUUGGUCUUGGAACCGGACGAAACGUUGAUCCAUACUUGGCAAAGGUCAACGAACGUUGCAUAAGCGGCGAUUUGGCUGAAUGUUUUAAAUCCCAAGCUUUAAGUUACUUUUCGGACUUCUUCGAUCAUGUUGAAUAUUCUUUGAAUGAUUACGUCCGGAUUAAACGGAUGUCUGAUCGAGUAGUGAAUAAAGUAGAUCAUCAGCCGUACGAAUAUUCAAAUGAACCUAGAUCCGAAGAAACAGAAUGGGAUCAACUGCUUAACUUUAUAAAACGAAAAAUAGAGAGAUUUGUUAAAACAAUGUCUUUCGAAUUGACUAUACCUGAUACGGAAACUGGUAGCGAUGGCUCGUACAAGGCAAGAUUUUUGGACGAGAUCGCUGACGAAGUAAACAUUCUUGAGGACAAGAAGGAUACACUUUUUUCUCGUUAUCAGCUUAGAAGACUUAUAAUACCUAUGUUACUCAUCCUGAAGCUUUUCAAGUUGAAGUUAUUACUUUUCUUGCCUUUAAUCUUAGGAUUGGCUUCAUUCAAGAAGUUCCUCGGAUUCCUAGCAAUUGUUAUACCCGGUAUAAUAGGUUUCUUUAAGUUUUAUAAGCCGUACCAAACCUAUCACGCGCCAGUUUACACGAAAAAUGGAAUCGGCUAUCCUCAGUACGGUAUACACCCAGAUAUUGAUUAUGCCGGUCAUUACGGAAGUGCAGGAACCUACGGUCAGGAUUUAGCAUAUCGGGGAUAUCAACAUUAUAAUUCUAAGUAGUUAAAUUAUAACUGAGUUUAUGUAUUUUUAUAGAAAAAAAUGUAGCCAUGUCUUUAUACGUAUAAAAAAAUAUUUGUAAAUAAGAAGUCAU